CAACGACGAAACGCCCCAGCCCAACACGCAGGGACCCGCUGCAGAAUCCAACGGUGGAAACGGUGGAAACGGUGGAAACGGAGGUAUGGAGGAUCUGUUCUCGACCACGAUCGCUCCUGUUCCUGGCGAAGGCCCCGUUUCCCUCCCUGCCGGUGAAACGCCCAUUGUGGAAACCGUGGAAACCGUGGAACCCCCGAAGCCCGUCGAUCCCUCGAUCCCUGCAGAACCGGAGAAACCGGAGAAACCGGAGAAACCGUCGGAGGCAGAGAUCGUGGCGCUGCGCGACCUCUUCGCGUCGGGCGUUUCGUCGCGUCUGCGCGCGGCGGUGGAGCGGCAGCACAGCCUUCUGUCGCUGCUGCAGACGGCGCUGCCGGAGUCUCUGGGCGCGUUCACGGAGUACUUCUACGCGCAGGUGCAGCAGACGCUUCUCUGGGGCGCGUCGCUUCUGCUGGCGUCGCUGUGUGUCCCGCACCCGCUUCUCUGCACGCAGCCGACCGCCUUCCUGGCUUCGCCGCCGCGUCCGUCGCUUUCGCUGCAUCUCCACGACGCCCUCCUCGCCCAGAUCCCCGGCCUCGCUCUCUCUCCCCGCGGCAUCCUCGCCCUCGCCGCGGGCAGCCGCCUCGUGGCCCACAGCGGCGUGCGGGAGAUUCUGCAGUCGCUGAUGGACUACACGCCGGAAUCUGAGCAGCUGGACGUGGAGCGUCUCACCGACUCGCUGCAGGCCGCGCAGCUCGUGCAGGCGUGGACCGAGGCCGCCAACGCCGCGCUGCGAGGCUUCUGCGCGCGCACCGCGGAGAGAGGAGCCGAGACUCUGUGGACUCACGCCGUGGAGAACCCGGGAAACGGGGAAACCGAGGGAGAAACCGAGGGAGAAACCGAGGGAGAAGGCGUAGCGGAAGGAAUCGUGCGGAUGGUGCGGGAAUUCUACACCGAAUUCGGCAAUACCGGGGCGUUGCUGGCGGAGAAGCCGGUGAAACCGCGGGACCCGUGUCCGGAGACGUUCAGAACCGCGGGGAUGACGGAGGAAGAGGAGGAGGGAGAAAUGUACGCGUAUAUCGAGAAAACGAUGGCGACCCGCGUGAAGGUGCUGCCGCUGGAGGUGCGAGCGGGGAUGCAGGACGUGUGGAUGGGAAUGCUGCGGACGAUGAUGAAGAAUUUGCAGGAGGAGGUGCGAGCCAGCGUGCUGUAUGAUUACCAAUUCCGAUGUCUGGUGGUCAACCUGGCGUUCGUGUUUUCGAUGACGAGUUGUCUGCUGGAGGACGCGAAGGAGCUCAGAGAGAUCGUACAGGGAGUAAUUCGAAGCGCAUGGGAACGAUGUUAUGAGCCCUCGGAAGUGACCGAGGAACAGCAGAAAGGCGCUGUGGAGAACGGAAUUGUCGAGUUUAUGAUGAUGGUUUCCGAGUAA